CAUCAUGAAUUUGAACUUGCUUAUGGAUUAUUAUUGUGGGCUAAAUCAUGUUUUGUAGAAGCAUUAAGGGAUUGGAUUUUGGUACCUUGUUUGUUGAUUCAGACAUGGUUCUUGUGAAUUCUCACCUAUCUGCAGGUUACAUGGGGCUGCUUGCAGUAAGGAGUGAUGGUAUAGAAGUGAAGAGAAGUUCAGAUGGUAUGCCAUGUAUGGCAGGGGGAUGGGUAGUGUUGAUGUUGGUAGUGGCAGGGUUAUAGCAGCAGUUAUUGUGCUCUGAUGGCUGGCUUCAUUUAGGAAACUUAAUGAAUAAACUAUUUUAGGUUAAACUUUAGUAUGGACUAAUGUGCCCAACAACAAUUUAUUACAAACUAAAAUGUGCUUAUUAUUUUGAUAAGAACCUACGUCUAGAGGGAACUUGCUUGUACUCUACUGUUCUGAUCCUUACAGCAGUGGCUGGCAGCUAUUUAGGCUUGCCUUCAUAUGUACAAGCUCAGGAAUUCCCUAACUAGAUAACUAAUCUACUAACAGCUAGCCUAAUUGAUCACAUGGUAAAUGCUAUUGAGCACACGGGUUCUAACUAACAUUACUUAGGCAACUAUACAAGAGAGUUACAACCAAUAGGCUAGUAUAUCAAGGCCACAAGACUAACUACCAACUAACAUAACUAGUGCUGCACUGGCAUGCUUGCUGUUACUGCCUAAGCUUUACUUCUGCAGUCUCUAGACACUACUGUCUGCUGCUUCCAGCUGCUUGAUAGACUACUCUAACUGAUUAGUUGAGUUCUUCACUGUUACUAUACUGAGUGAGAUAGCUGCUUAGUUGCUAAUUACAUAGUUCACUGCGUAUCUUGAUAAGCCACAUAACUCUUGUCAAUGCAUACCCUGCUGCUGCAUCCCUCAAGGCUUCUACUGAAGGCUUCUGUAUAACAACUACCAGCAGCACCAAUAUUAAGUAGGCAGGGUAGACAGGGUCUUAACAUAUUUGGGACUAUUAUGGCUGUUCAAGCCUACUUCAGAAAUGCCUUUUUUUUUUCUUUUUUCUUUUUUUUUUAAGCCAACUUCAGAAAUUGGUCCUCAAGUUAAUGUUAUUAAUAAGUUGGGUUUUGGAAACAAAAAAAAUGCAGUCUCUUUUUGGUAGAUUCAAUUGGUUGGAUGUUUUUCAUUUCACUCAUCAAAUUUCCUUGAUGAUCCUGAUUCUGUUCUUAUUAAUUGGUAAUCCGUCGAAGAUUAUUUUUUGAUAGGUAGCAGAGCUGUUCUAUUAAUAUUAAAUAAACAAAAACUUUAUGUUCACAAUGUUGAAACACAAGGAUCAACAAAGUACAAGAAUAUCAAGUGAAAGAUCUAAGAGAAGCUAGGAACUCAAAAACGGAAGAACAUUGUGUUAGACCCCAAGCUUUGGACCAAUCAAAAAGAGUGAUCUUUUAAAGAUGUCUUACUAUUUGUUUGUAUAAGAAUUAUUUUAUUAUAUUGGGCACUGUUCAGCCUUACUAGUACUUCAUCUAUUUUGUGGGAGGAAGAGAUGCCAUUUGUGCUAGGCUCAUUGGCUAAUUCGUGAAUGUAGUUCUAAGUUACAGUUGACAAGAUGUUGAGCCAGUUGUAGAAUAACAGCCAUUGAAGUGGAAAAAAUUGAUGCCCUCUCAGAAAGAAUAAAACUCAGUGAUUACUAAAUAUAUAAGUGCAACUUAAAUGUAGAACUCUGUUACUAAUUUUUAUAAUAAUACAUGCAUAUUUAUGCCUACUUCAUUUCUUUAAUGAAGCUGUCUUCUCUUAAUACAGUUUUUCCUACUUAUAAAAAAAAAAAAAAAAAAAAAUACAUACAUACUGGUUAUGAAACUUGUAGCUGCAAUACUUUGCUUAUGAAAUAGACUUGAUGAUGUAUGUUGCACUGCAUGUUACCAAUACUAUCAACUUAUAUAUCUAAUCAUGCUUAGAUUUAUACUAUCUGUUAGUAUUUAGACCUUGUUGAUUUUGAUGGGUUCAUGGCAGUUAGAUAAAUAAAAUCUAUAUUGGAUGUACUAAGUUCUAAACUUAACUCAUCAUAAUUACUAGCAUUACCUGCUAAGUCAUUGUUUGAGCAUUGCAAGAGUGUAUUUUCAGAUAAUAAUUGAGCAGAUCUAUUUGUUGUUUGAAGUGCCAGAUAUUAUUUUAUAUGUAUGAAAGGAGAAACACUAUAAUAAUGUUGUACACCUCACACUGUCUUCAAUGAAAUUGUAUCUGCGUAAAUUGAUUGAAGUAUAUGUUGGCCAUUCCUUCUUCUGAAAACUCACAUGCUGAGAUCGCUAUCACUUGUUAUCUUGGGUUGGCUAAUGAAGGUGCUUGUUGUUGAAAAUUUGUUCUCAAAACAAGUAAAAUUUACUUUCCUCUUUCAUUUUAACUGUGGUGCCUCAGCAAGAUGAUAUCUUUCUCCAUUUAUUGUAAAUGAACCCUUCUGGGAUAUCAUUUUUGACCUGAAUUCUGGCUAGUUUCAUAUAGAAAGAUCUCAUUCUAAAAUUCGUGUUCAUGAAUGGUGAAAUUUGUGGAAAGUAUUUGCUGUUCUAUUUAAAUGUAUAUAUGAAUUUGAUGGAAUGCAUUAUUAAGUUUUCAUAGGUAUAAUGUUGAUUUGAUUACUUCCAAUGUUGUUCUUAGAGCUGGCAAGAGAUGCGCUGAAUGCAGAAGGCUAUUGUGUUAUUGGAGGUUAUAUGUCACCCGUUAAUUAUGCAUACAAGAAAAGGGGCCUUUUAUCUGCUGAACAUCGUCUACAGUUGUGUCAUCUGGCAAGCAAAAGUUCUGAAUUUGUAAUGGUUGACCCAUGGGAGGCAAGACAAAGUCCUUCAAACGCUCUUUAACUGUUUUAUCCAGAGUUAAGAGUAUUUUAUGCAAGAGUGGGCAGGUACCCAGAGAAUCCCUUAAGGUUAUGCUUGUCUGCGGUUCUGAUCUGCUCCAAUCUUUUGGCAUUCCUGGAGCCUGGAUUCCAGACCAAGGCAGGACCAUAUGCAGAGAUUAUGGUGUGGUUUGCAUUCGCAGAGAAGGACAAGAUGUUGAGAAAAUUAUCUCUAAUGAUGAAAUUUUGAAUGAAUUCAGGGAUAACAUUAAAGUUGUGGAUGAGCUUAUACCAAACCAAAUCAGCUCAACAAGAGUAAGGGACUGCAUUUCAAGAGGGUUGUCGAUAAAAUAUCUGACUGCAGAUGAAGUGGUUGAUUAUAUAAGAGAACAACAUUUGUACCUGAACUCAGAUGAUAAGUGAUGAUCUCUUCAGCAUCAUUUAUACCGUACAUAAUUGAUCAUCAUUUGUAAUAACCAUAGCAUAGGUUAUAUAGUGCCAUGUGCCUAAUUUAUUUUAAUUAAUACUGGAUAAAUAAUGAUAGAGAUAUGUAUUAUUUAUUCAAAUAAAUUAGUUUGGAUUAGGAUUAAGAAUAGUUUUAUUGAUAGAUAAUAGGUAUUUUUUAUUAUUUAUUUUUAUCUAUUUGGAAGUUUGUAUAAAUUCAAAUGUUGUCAAUGAAUAAAAAUAGUCAUGAAUUUUUAAAUAAUAA